AUGAGCAACAAGGUCAACAUCCUCGUCUACAACGGGUCCGGAGUCUCCGCCGCCUCGCUCGCCUUCACCUUGGCCUCGUUGAAAGCCUACGCCUCGCACCACUACGACGUCCAACUCGUAUCACCCAAAACGCUACGCUCUGAUCCUUGGACAGAGACCUGUGCUCUGUUGGUCUUUCCGGGGGGCAGGGAUUUGCCGUAUCUGUUUGAUUUGCAAGGCGAGCCCAAUCGAAGGAUCAAGGAAUGGGUCACCAAACACGGAGGCAAGUACCUCGGGUUCUGUGCGGGGGCCUAUUACGCUUCCCAGGAGAUCGAAUUCGAGCGCGGAACACGACUCGAGGUCGUCGGACAGAGGGAGUUGGGCUUCUUUCCUGGAAUGUGCAAAGGCGCCGUCUUUGCUGGGUUCGAGUACGACUCCGAAGCCGGUGCAAGGGAGGUCUCGAUCGCCUUGGUUAGGAACGUGUGGAGGGAUCAUUGGUCCAUGAGCCCCGAAAAGUUGGACGUAUGGUACAACGGUGGAGGGCACUUCGUACUUGCUGAGGACUCGAUCACGUCCGAACAGCGCAGUCGGAUCGGCAUUUUGGCGAGAUACGAACAAAUCGAGGGACGACCCAUAGCUGGCGUCGUAUGCGACGUCGGCAACAAGGGAGGAAAAGCCGUAUUGUGGUCCGUGCAUCCCGAACACCCAUCCUUGGCCACCAACUCGUCCAAGGCCUCUUCGUCGCUCGACUAUGACGCCAAGGAAGCACUCCGAAGUGCGUUGCUCCGAUCGACUCUGGCUCUACUCGACAUUCAAGUCUCUGAAGAAGCCGCUCCCCCACCCAAGUUGUUGCCCUUGUUCUUGGCCUCGACGGAUUUGGAGCUCGUCACGCGGACUGCGAUUGCGAUAGGCUCCAAACGAGUCGCGGGUCAGCAAUCCCAAGCGACCCUGGAGGAUCGUAACGAUUCGUUCCUUUUGCAUCCGUCGAAGGUGGCGAGCAAGGUCAUUCAUGCUCAUCGAGCGAGGCAGGGGACCUUUGACGUCGAGGAACUGAGAACGACGACCAAGGAGAUCGUGGUCUGUUCCGAGGGAUUGCCACCGAAAGAAUGGACGCCCUUGUUCGACGUGCGAGCAUAUUUCGAGCAAAAGCAAGCUUUGGCCGCAGGUUCGGAGGGGAUGGGUAUCGGAGGUAUUCUGAUGUAUGGCGAGACGGUAACGAGUACGCAAACAAUGAUGGACAAGUGAGUGAUGCUCGCUCGCUGCAAGGCACAGAAAGGAACAAGAACUGAUCCAUCCCUUCCACACCAGAAACGACCGUUUCCUCUCGGCCCUCCCCCUCGGACUAACCUGCAUCGCUUCGCACCAAAUCGCCGGAAGAGGACGAGGCGGCAAUUCUUGGGUAUCCCCCGCAGGAUGUCUUCAGUUCUCGCUCGUACUUCGACUCGCUUCCAACCAAGCGUCCAAGAUCGUGUUCCUGCAAUAUUUGUUUGGGUUGGCUGUCGUGGAGGCGAUUCGAGGGACCCCGGGCUAUGCGGGCGUCGAGGUGUGUUUGAAGUGGCCGAAUGAUGUGUAUGGGAGAGUUGGGGAGGGGAAGGAGUUGAGAAAGAUUGGCGGGAUCUUGGUCAACUCGAGUUAUGCGGGGGACGAGUUUACCUUGGUUGUGGGUGAGUUUUCUUUUCAUGUCAUGACCCUGGCUGAAGGUUCGUGUGGUCGUCGUUGCUCAUCUUUCUGGAAUCCACCCGUCGAUGACCGCCCAAAUAGGUUGUGGGAUCAACACCUCCAACCCCUUACCCACGACAUCGGUCAACGAGCUCGUAGCAGCUCACAACGCGCAAUACGGCACGGCCUUAGCCCCUUUCACGCCCGAGGUGCUCAUGGCGAGGGUAUUGCAUCAGUUCGGAGGGAUGUGGGAUGUCUUUUUGAACGAAGGUUUCGAACCGUUCGUGAACCGGUAUUUGGGGUGUUGGAUCCAUUCGUAAGUAAUUUUAAAUCGUCCACAACCGUGGAAUCUCAUCGAGUAGAGACUGAUGGUCUGGGAUUGCUUCAAUUCGCAGCGAGCAACGCGUGACGAUCGAAGCGACCGGUCAGAUUGUCAAGAUAAUCGGCAUCACACCUGAUCAUGGUCUGUUGAGGACCGUGCCUAUUGACGUCGAUCGAGAAGGGAGAGAAGUGUUUGGUGGGGGAAUGGGGAGGGAACCAAGGCGGGGUUUCGUCGAUUUACAACCGGACGGGAAUGGGUUCGAUAUGUUGAAAAAGUUGUUGGUGUCCAAGAAGACGUAG